UACUGGAAUCUCCCCAACCUGGGGAUCGAACCCAGGUCUCCCACAUUGUGGGCAGAUUCUUUACCAUCUGAGCUAUGAGGGAAGCCCCCCAAAAGUGAAAGAAGACCGAAAUGAAUACAGAAACACAGCAUGUUAUAGAUUUGAAGACUCAACACAGUGAAGAUGCUAAAUCUUCCUAAUGGAGGGGGAAGUCUAAUGCAAUUCCCAUCAAAAUGUCAGCAUGGCUUUUGGUAGAAAUAGACAAGCUUUUUCUAAAUUGUAUAUGGAAAGGCACAGGCCCUAGAAUAGUUUUAACAAUCUUGAUAAAAAAGAAUACAGUUUUGUGGCUGUUAAACCAGAUUUAUAAAACAAGGUAUAUUCAAAGAAACAUUGCGCUUCUGUGUUUAAUCAGUGGGAAGUCAAGGCAGCCCCUAGCAUCUAACCUAACAAGGAGAGAAAGAGGGACAUUGUACAAAAUUCUCAGGGAGGUCGGGUCUCAAGGAUGGACAUGUACCCGUGAUGAGCGAGACAAGAAUAACAAACACCCACAAGCUCCCAGAAAACUCUAGUAUUGAUUUCCAUCUGGUGUCAUGGGCUCUGCUCUUCCGAUGGCAGAGGAAAAGCAAAGGGCUUCAGGGAGAAAAGGCCAGAGGACUGUCGGAUUUUCCAGUCUCUGAAAAGAGAUUUUCAUCCAGGGACUUCAAAUCCAGGUGUUCCAGACAGGGCUCAGCGCGUUCAAAUCUCUACCUGGACCUGCGUUUCUGGUCUCAGGAGACGUCCCCAUUGUCUACCCUGCUCUCCUGGACCGCCAGCACAGGGGCCGUCCGCCUCCUCUCUCGAAGCACCUGCUUCAUCAGUCAAUUACCAGAAGUUUCCAUUUCACCUGGAAAUUCUCCUAAAAUCCCUCCGCGUCCUCGCGGAGUGUAGGGACCAGGAGAACAGCUCGGGUGCUCCUCCUGGGAUCCCCGGCUCCUCGAUGACCUGUUUCUCACCUCGCCUCCGCCUUGCACCAGGCAGUCUCCGCAGAUCGGAUACCCGCCUUGACGGUCCGCCUGCAGCCUCGGGCAGAAGACUCCGCGGCGCCCCUGGUGCCCAGCAACGAGGCCUCCGCGGUGCCCCCGCCUUCGCUGCAGACACUGGACGGACUCUCCGUCCACCGGCGUCCCUCUGUCUCAACGCCCCCCCCCCCACAAUGACUCUCCCCGUCUCCUGCGGCGUGUUGGGGAGACGCCUCCCCCAGGGGCACACGUCCGGCACCCUCGCGCCGGUGGCCUCCUUGCUGAGCGUCUCCGCAGUGGACCUGGAGCCAUGGGGCGUGCUGACCGCCUGCCCUGAGCGGCCGCCCUCGGGUGGGUGCUGCUGGAACUCAAGCUCAGGGCGAUGACCCUAACCCUCCGGUUCCUCCCCGCAGCUGAGAGGCGUCUGCGUGCAGAGGCGUCCGACCCACUGUUCCCUCCGCCUCUGCCCGGUGUCGGGGGACCUGGGCGCCUCCUCUCGCUGGGAUGGGCUCCCCGCCGCGCUCCAGGUGAAGGCCCCUCAUCCCCGCAGCUCAUGGGCCCUCCAGGCACGGACUCCCUGAGGCCCCCUCGCCGCUCCCCGUCCUCGCCCCGGAGCCUCCGAGCCGUCUGUCGCGGUCAGCCUGGGGCCCUCGCCCGGGGCGGGCGGCGUCGAGGGUCCCCAGACCUGCCCGGGGCGGCAGUCCCCCAGCGCGGCGUCUGCCCCGGCCCGAGCCCGCCUCGGCCCAGCACCCCGGGAAGAAGGGCGGCCCGGUGCCCCUCCUGCCCUGUUGGGGGCCGCAGGCCUCUAGGAGGCAAAGUCCACAGGCAGCCCUCUGCGCAGAAUGAGGCGGGCGGCGGGGCAGCACGGAGCUCCGCUCCCGCCGCCCGGCCGCCCGGGGCGCUCCCGGGUCCCUCCGGCGCCUCCCCCGCCUGCCGGGGUCACGGGCGGUUUCCUUGUCCUUUCAGGCCCCGUCUCUCCUGGAGAAGAGUCCUGUGCGUCCUUUUCCUGCCAUUUGUCUCAUCGGGUUUUGCUCCUCCGGCGAAAUACAGAAAUAACUUCAUAUUCGAACACAGAAAGCUGCAUCCAAACCCGCGCAGGUUUGACUGGUCGCACCUGACGCCCCGCGAGCUGAAGAACCGCUCACAGGGGAUACAGACUGAGGAGCGAGCCGGGCGCAACCCCUACUUCACGCUGGAGGGCCACGAGUUCCUCAUCCUUGGGGGCUCCAUACACUACUUCCGAGUGCCACGGGCCUCCUGGAGAGACCGGCUGCUCAAGCUGCGGGCCUGCGGCUUCAACACCGUCACCACCUACGUCCCGUGGAACCUCCAUGAGCCGGAGAGAGGCACAUUCGACUUCUCCGGGAACCUGGACCUGGAGGCCUUCAUCCUGCUGGCGGAGGAGGUGGGGCUGUGGGUGAUCCUGCGUCCAGGCCCCUACAUCUGCAGCGAGAUGGACCUCGGGGGCCUGCCCAGCUGGUUACUGCAGGACCCCAUGUCGCAGCUGAGGACCACCAACCGCAGCUUUGUGAACGCUGUGAACAAGUACUUCGACCACCUGAUUCCCAGGGUGGCUCCGCUCCAGUACCGCCAGGGAGGCCCCAUCAUCGCGGUGCAGGUAGAGAACGAAUACGGCUUCUUCUACAAGGACGAGGCCUACAUGCCCUAUCUGCUGCAGGCCCUGCAGCAGAGGGGCAUUGGAGGGCUGCUCCUGACCGCGGACAACACAGAGCAAGUGAUGAGAGGACAUAUAAAGGGAGUGCUGGCCAGCAUCACCAUGAAGGGGUUCAAGGUGGACUCGUUCAAGCAUCUGUACAAGCUGCAGAGACACAAGCCCAUUCUGAUCAUGGAAUUCUGGGUCGGCUGGUUUGAUACCUGGGGAAUCGAUCACAGGGUGAUGGGUGUGAACGAAGUUGAAAAGAGUGUGUCUGAAUUUAUCAGAUAUGGGAUCUCCUUCAACGUGUACAUGUUCCAUGGGGGGACCAACUUUGGUUUCAUGAACGGGGCCACGAGUUUCGAGAAGCACAGAGGUGUUACCACGAGCUACGACUAUGACGCAGUGCUGACGGAGGCUGGGGACUACACCGCCAAGUACUUCAUGCUCCGGAGCCUCUUUGAGUCCAUCCUGGUCAGGCCCCUGCCCCCUGUUCCGAGUCCCACUCCCAAGGCGGUGUACCCCUCCUUGAAGCUAUCUCGCUACCUGCCGCUGUGGGAGGCCCUGCCUUAUCUGCAGAGGCCGGUCACCUCUAACGUUCCGAUCAACAUGGAGAACCUGCCCAUCAACAACGGCAACGGCCAGUCCUUCGGGUUUGUGCUUUAUGAGAUGACCAUCUGCUCCGGGGGCCAGCUCCAUGCCAACGCACAAGAUGAGGCUCAGGUGUUUUUGAAUGAGACGAGUUUAGGGAUUUUGACCGAUGUUUAUCGGGACAUAGACAUUCCUCCAAUCACGGAAUGUCAGCUUCUAAGGAUCCUGGUGGAGAAUCAAGGACGAGUCAAUUUUUCAUGGAAAAUUCAAAAUCAGCGGAAAGGAUUGAUCGGACCUGUUACUCUGGAUAAAAUCCCCCUGAGCUGGUUCACCAUUUAUUCUCUGGAACUGAAAACACAGUUCUUCAAGAAGUACGCCCUGACUGUGGCCCUGACGCUGACCCAGGCCCUGACCCUACCUCUAACCCUAACUCUGACCCUGACACUAACCCUAAACCGGACUCUGACAGUAACUCUGACCCUGAACCUGGCCCGGGCCCUGACCCUACCUCUACCCUUAAACCUGACUCUGGCCCUGACCCAGGCCCUGACCCUGACCCUAAACCCUAACUCUAACCCUAAACCUGAUCCUGGCUGUGACCGAGGCCCUGACCCUGACCCUAAACUCUAA